AUGUCUGUCUCCAAAAUUGCCGGGAUUAUCCUCGGCUCGACUACUUUGGUAGCUGGCCAUGGCUACGUGUCGGGCGCUGUGGUUGACGGCCAAUAUUAUGGUGGUUACAUUGUCGACAAGUACAGCUAUACGGACAGCCCUCCCAAGGUGAUCGGAUGGUCGGAAGAUGCCACAGACCUGGGCUUCGUCGACGGCAGUGGAUACUCCGACGCAGACAUCAUCUGCCACAAGAAUGCCGAGCCUGGUGCUCUGUCGGCCUCGGUCAAGGCCGGAGGCAAGGUCGAGCUGCAGUGGACCGAGUGGCCGGAAAGCCACCACGGCCCGGUCAUUACCUACCUGGCCGACUGCAACGGCGACUGCUCGUCCGUGGACAAGACGGCUCUCAAGUUCUUCAAGAUCGACCAGGCCGGCCUGAUCGAUGACAGCAAUGUUCCUGGCACAUGGGCUACAGACAAGCUCAUCAGUAACAACAACAGCUACACUGUCACCAUCCCCAGCAGUAUCGCGGCUGGAAACUACGUCCUCCGCCACGAGAUUAUUGCUCUGCAUUCUGCUGGAGAUCAGAACGGUGCCCAGAACUACCCCCAGUGUCUGAACCUCAAGGUCACCGGCGGCGGCAGCGAUGCGCCCACCGGCACCCUGGGCACUGCGCUCUACAAAAACACCAACCCGGGCAUCAAGGUCAACAUCUACCAGACCCUGGAUUCCUACAAGAUCCCCGGCCCAGCUCUGUACUCUGGUGCUUCCUCAGGCAGUGCCACCGCAGCCCCGAGCGGCUCUGCCUCUGCCUCUGCCUCGGGCAGUGGUGACUCGUCUCCAUCCGCCUCAACAUCCGGUUCUUCCUCCGCCGUGGGAUCCGUCACGCCCCUGCCAACUGCCAGCGCUUCUCCCGUUAGUGUCUCACCUCUUAGCACCUCCCCGGUCAUCCCGCCAGUCUCCAAACCCACCGGGCCCCCUCACCACUCUUCCAGCCGUAGGCAAAGGGUUCCUCGUGCCUCGUCCGGUCCUUCAUUCUCUGUUCCCUGGGGCCCUGGAUUCCCGCCAAAUGGGGGGGCUACUGCUACUGCCACUGAAACCGCUGUUCCUCAGGUUACUAACCAGCCUGCUCCUCAGACUCCUAGUUCCUCGCUGGACGACGUGACCGUCACUGCUAGUUCGCCGGGAGGCAGGGCGGCACAGAGCUCUUCGCCGGCUGAUGGAAACGCCCCUGUUCCCGUUCCCAGCUCCAGUGCUACGCCGAGCGCCGUGCCUAGCUCUGGCUCUAAUACCAGCUCGGACUCUGGCUCUGGUUCGGACUCAGGUUCCAACACCAGCUCUACCAAGGACUGGGCCUCCUACCUCGACUCCCUGACCGCCGAGCAGUUCCUCAACUUGCUGCGCCAGACCGUGAGAUGGCUCGCCACUGACAAGAAGCACGCACGCGACUUGUCGUCGUAA